CCAAAACCUCAACUCCAGGAGCUUCCAGCUCCAGCUCACCCCUCCUCUUUCACGAUAAGAGGCACCCAGACGAACACCUAAGCUACGCGCGCGAUGCUCCCAUGGGCGCCGCCGCCGGCGACGGCGGCCACCACCUCCCCGGCCUCGUCGGCUCCGCUCCUCCGCGCCAUGCCCCGGCGCGCGCGCUCUCCGCGCCUCCCACCGCCCCCGCACCACCCUUCCCCUCCUCCGCCGCCGCUUCUCUCGGUUGGCCCCGGGGCGGCGCCGCGCGCCGCGCGCCCUUCCCACGGCGACGUGUUCUGGGAGGAGCCGGACGACGGCGGCUCCGGGAGCGACGACGAGGAUGGGGAUGGGGCAGAGGCCGAGGCCGAGCGGCAGGAGGCCACCGGGCGGAGGAGCAGCUUCUCCUCGUUCCCUUCCCCCUCGCUGUUCUCCAGGCUCGGCGCCGCGCGGCGGCAAGAGCAGCGAGAAGAAGAGGAGCUUCGAGGAGAAAUCGAGCUUCUCUUGACGCCUGAAGAAAUGGCUAUCCUGGAUCAGAACGAGACCCCGGAUAUCACCAAAAUAUCAUCACCGAAAUGGCAUCCACUUCAUAGUUACGCAUUGGCGCUGCAGAUACCUCUCAUGGACAGCCUGCUCGAUAGUGGUGUCGAUAUCAAUUUACUUGACAAAGAUGGUUUCACCCCACUUCACAAGGCUGUCAUAGGCAAAAAGGAGGCCGUCAUUAGCCAUCUCCUGCGAAGAGGGGCAAAUCCUCAUGUCAGAGAUAGGGAUGGAGCCACACCAUUACAUUAUGCAGUUCAAGUUGGUGCCCUGCAAACUGUGAAGUUACUGAUUAAGAAUAGGGUUGAUGUCAAUGUUGCUGAUAAUGAUGGCUGGACACCGUUGCAUUUAGCUAUACAGAGUAGAAAUAGAGAUAUAGCAAAGAUAUUGCUUGUCAAUGGUGCAGAUAAGACGAGAAGAACCAAGGAUGGAAGGACUGCCUUGGAUAUAAGCUUGUGUUUUGGAAGAGAUUUCAAGUCUUAUGAUUUGGCAAAGCUUGUCAAACUUGUUCCGGCAAAUAGAAAAAUGUGACUCAGCUCUGUCACAAGAAUCAGAGAAAAAAAAAAGAUUUAGAUGUUAGCAACUGUUGAUUUGGGUCAUUCCUCCUAUUGUUUUUAAUGGGAUGAUUCCUCCAAUUUGCUAUAGUUGCUUGUUCAAUCCAUUUUUAGAACCUGUUUAUUUUAGAGAAGUUGUCUAAUCCUGAUUCAUGAUCAACUUAUGUAAAGGGGUUCGAAAAAGCUAAUGCCACAAUGGAAGAAAUAGCCAAAUUUAGAUGAUCUUUUUCUUAUUUGCAAA